AUGCAAAUACUGUGGCAGAUGUACCCGUUACUACUCUUGCAAGUAAUAAACGAUAGCACAGGCUGCUCCGUUUCUUGUGCAUGCAGGUGGAAAAACGGAAAACAAACAGUUGAGUGCGAAAACAAAGGCCUCAUCGAAAUCCCAGACGGUCUAGAUCCAGAAACCCAAGUGCUCGACUUCCCUGGAAAUAAACUCAGCAAACUAUCGAAAGACCUCUUCCUCAAGAAGAAACUGAUCAACUUGCAGCGGGUGUACUUGCCGAAUUGCAAGAUAAAAUCGGUACAUCGCGAUACAUUCAAAGGCCUGACUAAUCUAGUGGAGCUCGAUCUCUCUGGAAACCUCUUAGAAAGCGUACCGACCACUUCUUUUCCAGGGUGUCCAUCCUUGAUGAAACUGACGCUCAGCAUGAAUCCUAUUACCGCAGUGAAAGAAUCCGCGUUCGAGUCGCUAACGCAGCUCAACAAUUUGGAACUUAGUUAUUGCAAGAUAUCCGACAUCGAAGAGGGAGCUUUCCACGGCCUCCACAGCCUCGAGUGGCUCCAUCUAGACAACAACCGAUUGAAAACCAUCCCCGGGAGACGAACGCUGCCCGACUACGUUAAAGGCGUGGACUUGGAGAAAAACAUUUGGGAGUGCGAUUGCCACAUCUCCGAUCUAGCCGCCUGGCUGAGGGAAUUUGGGAGUCUCCUGUCAGUGGAGCCAGUGUGUUAUGGCCCCCCCAGACUCGCCUCCCGCGCCAUCAAAUCGAUACCGGAAAUGGGACUCGCCUGUCUCCCGAACAUCUCGCCGACUUCCUUUUAUCUUGAGUUGGGCGAGGGUAAAAACGUCUCUCUGUCUUGUCACGUACAGGCCGUUCCAGAGGCCACCGUUUCUUGGUGGUUUCAGGGAGAAGUGUUGCAUAACGACACGAUGAUAGCUCCCGGCGUCCAUUUGAUCUAUUACAUCGAGGAAGGCAAUGAAAACAAACGCAGCGAGCUCUUUAUUUACAACGCUGACGCUGACGACAAUGGGACUUAUAUUUGUAACGCUGAUAAUGCUGCCGGUACUUCACAGUCUAACUUCACCAUUAGGAUUAUUCUCAAGGAGAAUCCCAUAGUUAUCAUCGUUUCGGUGCCGUUCGAAUAUUUCUUGUAUGCCAUCGUCGGUUUUGGUAUUUUGGGAGUAUUUGUGCUUAUUGCUGCAGUCAUCAUGAUAAUGAAGUGUAGGAGGAGGAAUAGAAGAAUGAAGAAGUUGAACCAAACUGAGGAAAUUAUGAUGCAAUAUGAGCAGAACGGGAGUAAACUUGGAGAGGGGGUGAAAAGUCUUUCGAAUUCAUUGAAGGAUGCCGGCGGGAAGGGGACGGCGAAGACCAUCGGAAUCAGGAAACGGGCCGCGGGGAGUACACGAAAGCGGUCCAAUUUCCUGCAGCCCGCCUCAGGGAGAGCACGGAAAUGCUGGAAGGCGGCGGAAGGUACGCAGUAUACGGAACAUUGUUAUCUGAUUCACGUUGUUUGUGCGGCAAUAUCAUGCAUCAUCGACCCCGAAUGCUACCCCGUGGACUACGGGCUGCCCAAGCUGCCCUGUCGAACGCAACUGGGCUGCGAGGGCUAUUACAGGACGCUGCCCUCCAACCGGAUGAAGAGGCAUUCGGCGGCCAACCCUGUGCGGAGGGCUUCCCGGGAGGCGGACUUCCUGACGAGAACCAGGAAUCCACCCUCCCAAGGGCCAUCCCUCCCAUUGGAGGACUGCCCCGAAGCGAUGGCUCCCUCGUUCUCGCCCUACUGUCCAAGUCAGUGGCCGGCUUGCGUACCCGCCAACGUGCACGUAAUGAACCCCAACCUUGGGGUCCAUCCUGACCCCAACCUCAGGAUCGACCCAGGCCGCGGGGUCCGCUUUGAUCCCAACCUUGGGGUCCAUCCUGAACCCAACCUCGGGAUCGACCCUGGCCGCGGAGUCCGCUUUGAUCCCAGCCUAGGGGUCCAUCUUGAUCCUAACCUUGGGGUCCAUCCCGACCCCAACAUCGGCCGUGGGGUCCGCUUCGAUCCCAAUGCGCGAUUCUCGCAGCAGCAGUGUCUCCCUAAGCGCAGUGCGAGUGCGCAGACUGACGAGUGCGAGGAGUGUGACGUUUCGGGAGUGAAGCAGGGUGUUAUUGUGAAUGCGAGCGAGUCUCCCAACACGGACGAUGACGUCAACGAGGGGCUCACUGAGAGUCCUGACGAGGGAUACGGAGGAGAACCUUCUGUUGUUUAGGUCUCGAUUUUAGGAGUUUUGACAGGUAGACUAUUAUUGACUGGCGAAAAGUAGUGACAACUUGCAAGGAUUUUGAACAACUAGUGGAAAUGAGUCACAUUCUUUUCAUCUACCCUCACCGGCAAAAUAAUCGAUCCACUCAGAAUGUUGAUAGAAUAUUACCAACAAUUAAUUCGUUAAUUCAAGUCAGAUUUGUUUGAUUUUUCUUUCAUUUCGUAGGUAAAUACAUGAGGAAUCUCACACAAGUUUGAUAUUCCAAGAAAUCCAGCAUGUCUCUGAAUCAUACAGAGUGACACAAAAAGUGCAUUUUCACUCCAAUUUCAAAACCAUCUGUGGAGUGGCUAAGCUGGUUCAUCAUGUAAUUCCACAUUCAAUUAUCAAGCUACGUUUAUUAUGUACGUUUCACCUUUCAGUUUGUUACGGUAACUGUUUUCUUGUGAUGGUUACAAGGCUUUUAGAAAAACGUGACAUUCCUACAUUUCUUUUUAAAUAAUAUCAAGGUUUCAUGAGGAAUUAUUGUUUGCGAAGCUCGCUGUGACAUCAAAUGGUUGCAUGAGAUAUGGAUGUUACUGCAACCAACUCCUGCGAGAGCUAUGGCGUUAUUGCAGGAUGGUAGAUCACAAUAUUAUGUUGCCAGAGCUCUAGGAGUUUCAAGAUCUAGGGUGCAGAGAGCUGUAAAACGGUUUGGUUAAAUUGGUGUAUUCAUAAGAACAGGUAAUUGUGGUCGGAAGAGAACUACGAAUGAUCGAGAUAAUCGCUUCCUAUAUAACGCUCAAAGUUUUAAGGGACAAAAAACUCACUUCUGUCCAAAUGAAAAACAAAUUAAAGGAGGUAGGGCAUGUUUGAUCUGUUAUAGGAAUAUAAGAUGGAGGCAUUCCAAUAUUUGAAUCCGAUCAAGAAGACCUGCAACUGGUCCACAGUUAUUGGGAAAUUAUCUAGUUAUACGCCUCCGAUAUGCUAGGGAACAUUGGGGUAAUAAACAAUCGAGCAAUAUCCUGUUCACCGACGAGUCAAGGUUUUGUCUCAAAUCACCGAAUGGACGUAAAAGAAAUUUCCGAAGAACUAUACAACAUUUUUUCCAAAACCAUUUUCAGCCAGAAGGUACUCACGGAGGCGGUUCGAUAAUGGUGAGUGGUGGCGUGAGUGUUGGAGCUUUGACGGACUUAGUCAUAGUGGAAAGGGGAUUCAUGACAGUCGAUAGGUAUAUGAGAGACGCCUUAAAACCACAAAUUGUUCCAUUUGCGCCGUUCAUCGAAAAGGAUUUCAUUAUGAUGGAUAAAGAAUAGUUAAUGGGUAUUUAGUCGAUGUUGAAAUCCCAGCAAUGAAUAGGCCUCCUAGAAGCCCAGACUUAAACCCAAUUGAACAUAUAUUCGGAAUGCUCUUGGGAGAAAAGUAGGAUCUGCUUUAUUAGCUCCUGCAAAUUUACAGGAACUCAGUAAAGUUUUAAUUGAAGAAUGGCAGAAAAUCGAUCAGGCUUAUAUUCAAAAUCUGAUAAUGGGCAUGCCAAGACGAUUUGCAGCAGUUAUUCGUACACGUCCUAUUGAUUUCAAUAGCAUCUUCAAAUCAAUUUUCUGGUUUCAUGCGUUAACAUCAUCAUUGCUUAUUUUCAAAAGUUUAUUAUCACCAUAAUGUAGAAGUGAAACGUAUUUCUGAAACCCUUGUAACAUUCACAAAAAAGCAGACAUCGUGAAAAAAAAGAAAUGUUACGUGAUGAACGGAGGUAGAGGAUUAAAUGAAUGAACAUGAAAGAAACACUCAGUCGUCUCCAUAGCUUUAAUGUCGAAGGAGGCAGUCAAUCCUGCUUCAAUAAGGUUGAUACAUGUUUCGGCCACUCAAAUGGCCAUCUUCAGUCAAAUUAGCAACAAAGUGUAUCUACAAUAAGAACCAAACUUGAUUUUAUAUAAAAAAGAAAUUGAAAUGGAAAAGACAACAGUUGUAAAUUCAAAAUUGAAUUGAUUAACAAAGUACAACAAUGAUAAUUGAUCAGUAAUUGAUGGUGAAAAGUGAAGUGAAGUUAUUAAAUCAAAAAUUCUGACAACAAAAUGAAUAUUAAGUUUUCUGCUUUUUGAACAAACAUGUAACAAGUGAGAAUCAAUUUCUGCGUUAAAUGAAUGUUUGGAAUUGAAAACAUGAUUAGCGAAGGAACUUUGAGAAUCAAUAUCAUCCAACCAGUGAUUUUUUUUUUUUUUCAGGAUUUUGAAACGACUUUGAGUUUCUCUUCUUGAUCAUUCCACUCCACUUUGAGUAUGGACUACUACAGAAGAUUAUCAAAUGAAUAGUUACUUCAUGUUUCAGAAUGGGAGUAGUAAAGCAAUUUUGUGUCACUCUGUAAUAUUUGGACAUAUGGCUCAUUUGUUGAAAUCUCAACCUCACGUGAGAUUCCAUAUAUAUUCACCUACGAAAUGAAAUAAAAAUCAAACAAAUCAGACUGAAAAUAAGUUAUUGUUGAUAAUCAUCAUUUUGAUUGGAUUGAUUAUUUUGCAGAUGAGUGUAUUAUGAUGAAAUAUUGAUUGAGACAAACAAUUUUAGAAACAUUACUUGCUCAUCAGUGUCAAUCAAACCAGAAACAUUCAAGAAUAAACAUGCGGGUAGUGACUGAAAAAUCGAUAGUGUUUUAUUGUGUGGCUCUAUUUCUUUCCAGGGAUCACAAGUCUAUUCAGUAUCUCCUAACACUUGACAUAUCGACAUAUCGUUAAAUUACUUUGAAUUGAUUUGAUCUUAUAUUCACUGUCAAUUUUACAGUAGGUGAAUAUAUUAUAUUCUGGUAUUCCUGGAAAACUAUAUGCCAUUCAAAUUCAGCAAUGUUUUGAUUGCCUUGCGAGGAGCCAUCAUUUCAGGUCAAUUCUUGAUUUUUUGCUUUUUUCGGUAUAUCCGUUAUUAUUUCAUUCACACAUGGCUACAUCAGCGACAAAAUGCCAUGCAGAAACAUUUUCACUCUCAUUGGUUCCGGUUCUCCGGUCUCCUUUAUUGAUUCAAGAAUUGAUGUACCCUAGAGUGCCUCCAUAGAUCUAAAUAUGGUGCCUCGAACAUUUC